UAUUAAUCUUGAUACUGCAAGAAACGUGGAUCGUCAUGGAGAAAGGUUCUGCUUCCGCUUCUGGUUCAAGUUCUAGUUCUGGUUCUGGUUCUGCAACCAGUACCACCACCACGACCAAGAUCAUGGAGAAAGGUUCUGCUUCUGCCUCUGGUUCAGAUUCUAGUUCUGCAACCACUAUCGUCUUGGAGAAAAGUUCUGCUUCUGCUUCUGGUUCGAGUUCUAGUUCUGCAACCAGUAUGGCUGAGGAGAAAGGUUCUGGUUCUGGUUCACGUUAUAGUUCUAGCUCUGCUUCUGCGACCAGUACCACCACUACCAAGAUCAUGGAGAAAGGUUCAGGUUCUGGUUCUGCAACCAGUACCACCAAGAUCAAUAGUGCAAUAAGAGCUCUGGUGGUGGACGAUGAUACUCUGGUUCGGAAGCUUCAUGGUAGAAUCUUGGAGAAGGAGUUUAAAAUUGAAGACUGCAUACAAGGUAAAGAUGGAAAACAAGCCGUGGACAUCCACACAGAUGGACAGAAAUUCGAUCUCAUCCUAAUGGACUCUCAGAUGCCGAACAUGGACGGCAUUCAGGCAACAAAGAAUCUGAGAGAAAUGGGGAUAGCUUCCUUAAUAAUCGGUGUAUCAUCGGAGGAAAAUGCAGAGCAGAGAUUCAAAGAAGCAGGGGCAAAUGGCUACGUACAGAAGCCGUUAACUGCUGACAAACUCAAACCCAUUCUUGAAGAGUUUAAGCUCAUCUAAGUAGUAUGGAAUUGGUUUUUACAUUCCCAAAAGUACGUAAAGUGGUUGUUUGCUGUGUCCCUGUGGUUGGUUGGUUACUCUGCUUUUUUGCUAGACUGCCACUUGCGAAAAGACGCUUUCUUUCUUUUUUCUGUUUGUCUUGUUUCAAGUGCAUGGGGUUGAUUCAGUGCUGUGCACGUGCAUUUAGUGUUGUUUUUUUUGGUCAUGAUCAUGUGGAAUGGGAUGGGAUUCUUCCUAUUCAGCUCUGGUUGAUGAUCAUAUAGUGAUUAGUGAUUGAUGAUUAUACAGUGCUUUGUGGUUGAUACUGUGAUUAGUGAACAUUUUUAUAAUUUGAUGCUGUGAUCAGUGAACAAUCUUAUAAUUUCUUUUAAUUGAGUCAGUAUUGGAUUUCAAAGAAAUAUAUAGUCUCUCUCCCCCUCUCUUGUUAUGUUAAAGAUUUCUCUCUCACUCUCUCUGUACAUCUUAUACUUCGUGUAUAUGUGUAUACUUGAUUUUAGCCAUGAUUAAUUCAAAUGGGGAAUCGGGAAUCAGUGUUUUGAUUUCGGUUGGAAUUAAUACAUUU